GAGGGAGAGACAGAAUACCCCGGGUUUCUAAUGCAAAGAAAGAGUUCUUAUGUGGAUUUCAAUGAACUGUUUGAUCCUGGCAACUUUCGUCGAGACUGUAGAGCGACCUAUAACGCUAUGAAGGAAGCUCCUCCACCCAAAGCGGCGAAGAACAAAUAGAGGAGAUGUUUAGCUGUUUCCGAUGUGCGUCUAAACAAAAAAGAAAAGGAAAAACUGAGAGAAUCAUUCCCGACUCUCGAUUGACCUCAAGGCCAGAUCGCAACAUCGGCAGCUGUUCAAGACCCAUGUCGGCUCUUGGGGUGCAUUUGCAGAUUCAAGACAAAUACGUGGUGAUUGAUAAUGGCAUCCUCCAACUAACAUUGUCAAAGCCGGACGGGAUUGUGACUGGCAUACGAUACAACGGCAUCGAUAAUUUGCUAGAAGUCCGUAAUGAAGAAGUUAACAGAGGCUAUUGGGAUAUCAACUGGUAUGAGCCUGGAGGCCCAGAGUUCUUUGAUGUGAUAAAAGGUACUAGUUUUAAGGUGAUACUUGAAGAUGAAAACCAGGUGGAAGUCUCUUUUACAAGGACAUGGGACCCAUCCCUCAAUGGGACCCUCAUUCCCCUUAACAUUGACAAAAGGUUUAUAGUUCUUAGCGGGUCCUCCGGUUUCUACUCAUACGCCAUUUAUGAGCACUUACAAGGCUGGCCUGAUUUCACUCUCAAUCAGACUCGGAUAACUUUCAAGCUUCGAAAUGACAAGUUUCACUACAUGGCCAUAUCAGACAAUAGACAGAGAAUCAUGCCCAUGCCAGAAGAUCGUGAGCCUCCACGUGGCCAGCCGUUAGCAUUCAAAGAAGCCGUUCGUUUGAUAAAUCCAAUCAAUCCAGACCUUCAAGGAGAGGUGGAUGACAAGUACGAGUACUCGUGCGAGGACAAGGACAACAAGGUCCACGGUUGGAUAUGCUUCGAUCCUCCUGUGGGCUUCUGGCAGAUCACCCCAAGUGAUGAGUUCAGAACUGGUGGGCCUCUCAAGCAGGACCUGACCUCCCAUGUGGGCCCAACUACCCUAGCUAUGUUUAUGGGUGGUCACUACUCAGGGGAAGAUCUAAUGCCAAAAUUCACAGACGGAGAGCCAUGGAAGAAAGUGUUCGGCCCUGUUUUUAUGUACGUUAAUUCGGGGUGGGCCGGAACCGAUCCGCUUUCACUCUGGGAGGAUGCAAAAUUACAGAUGCUAAUUGAAGUUGAAAGCUGGCCAUACAGUUUCCCAGUUUCAGAGGAUUUCCCUAACUCUGACCUACGUGGUUCCGUCAGUGGUAGAUUACUAGUCGUGGAUUGGUUCCUUAGCGAAGAUUAUAUAUCUGCAGACUCUGCUUAUGUGGGACUUGCUUUGCCUGGAGAUGUAGGAUCAUGGCAAAGAGAAUGCAAGGGCUACCAGUUUUGGAGUAGAGCUAACUCAGAUGGGUUUUUCUCCAUCAACAACAUCCGGACAGGAGACUAUAAUCUCUAUGCAUGGGUGCCCGGUUUUAUAGGAGAUUACAGAAAUGAUGAGACCAUUACCAUUACCGAAGGAUGUGAUAUUGACUUGGGUGAUUUAGUAUAUGAACCACCAAGAGAUGGUCCCACGUUGUGGGAGAUCGGCGUCCCUGAUCGUUCUGCAGCCGAGUUCUUCGUUCCCGAUCCUAAUCCUAUGUAUGUUAACAAACUCUACAUUAAUCAUCCUGACAAGUUUAGGCAGUAUGGUUUGUGGGAGAGGUAUGCCGAUCUAUAUCCCGACGAAGAUCUUGUCUACACCGUCGGAGUUAGUGAUUAUCAAAAAGAUUGGUUCUAUGCACAGGUCACUAGGAAGAAAGAUAAUAAUUCCUACCAAGCAACCACAUGGCAGAUAAAAUUCACACUCGACACUAUUGUCCAAAGUGGGACCUAUAAAUUGCGAUUGGCGAUUGCAUCCGCUACGGCCUCUGAAUUGCAAGUUCGAUUCAAUGACCCAAAUGCCAAUCCACCUCACUUUACAACUGGGCUAAUCGGCAAGGACAACUCUAUCGCCAGACAUGGGAUUCAUGGGCUCUACUGGCUGUUCAACGUCGACGCAUCGUGCGCAAUGCUUGUGGAAGGAGACAAUACGAUCUUUCUCACUCAGGCGAGAAGCGUGAGCCCCUUCCAAGGGAUCAUGUACGAUUACAUCCGAUUAGAAGGGCCCUCUGAUCUCGAUUCGAAUAAGAAAAAAUCAUCUUGCAUUUUGUGCUAAGUAUAUAAUAUCAAUACACUAACAGGCAUUUUAGUACUAUCAAGGGACAUGAUCAUAGUUAAAUAUAGUGCUUGAUUCAGGGUCCUAUAAUUUUCACCCAUCACCAGAUGGCCGGUGGGGCCCACCCAUGGAUCUUCUAUACAAUAAGCAAAAUUCCUGAGCUGAUAUGGUAGUUGGAUCAGAGUCGUUAGUUUCAUAUAAGCUGAUAAUGUCAUAAGUACGGCACAAAGAUGGUGAUGGUUAAUAUAAGUUGUACGAGUGCUCAAAUUAUGCUAGUUGGAUUGCGAAGUUACGGUCCGGUCUGAUUAGGGCACUACUACCACCGUGCAAUGUUGGCGUGAGAUCUGACCUUUGCUACACACUUACGUGGAACGUUUAAUCACAUC